UCAUUUACUGUCAUGUCUAAUUCGGGAACUGCUGAAUUACCUGCUAGUCAACAAUCUACUUGGUCUAGCUUCGUAAAAGGGUUGGCAUCUUGGUCAGGAGACCUCUCCAGUCUAACAGCUCCAUCUUUUAUUUUGUCUCCUACCUCCCUCACUGAAUUUCCAGCAUAUUGGUGUGAGCAUCCUGAUGAAUUCGCAGCUAUCUCAUCUGGAAAAACACCUGAAGAACGUGCUAAAUUGGUUUUACGCUGGUUUAUCCUCACCUUAAAGUGUCAAUACGCUACCAGAAAUGAGAAGAUGGGGUCAGAGAAGAAGCCACUCAAUCCUAUCCUUGGAGAGACCUUCUACGGUUCUUGGCCGGAUUCUAAUGGACGCGGUAAAACUGAUUUGAUUGUCGAACAAGCUUCAGAUCACCCCCCAAUCACGGCUUACUACAUUAACAAUGAAAAAGCAGGUGUCUCCCUGGAAGGUCACUCAGGUCAGAAAACAUCAUUCAGCGCUCCUUCUAUUGUAGUCAAGCAAGUUGGUCACGCAAUUAUUACUGUCAAACUCGAGGAUGGCAAUGCUGAGGAGUACCUAAUCACCUUACCUAGACUCAAAAUUGACGGUAUUUUAUACGGUAAACCAUACAUUGAGCUCACUGAAGUAAGCUACAUUGUUGGCUCUAAUGGUACCUCCGCUACCAUCGACUACAAAGGCAAAGGUUGGCUCUCAGGUAAAGCUCACUCUUACAAGGCAACAUUGACAAAUGGAUCAUCCACUAUUUCACAAGUUGAAGGUCAAUGGACCGGUUUAGCUAAGGAUUCCAAGGGUGACUUGAAUUUCGAUGCACAAAUGCCAAAAGAGGAGGUCAAUGUGAAACCAAUUGAAGAACAACAGCUUCCCGAGUCUAGAUUAGUCUGGAAGGAAGUUGCAGAAGGUAUACGCAACGGCAAUUACGAUAAAGCUGGAAAAGCAAAGUCUCAAAUCGAGAACGAUCAGCGUGCCAAACGCAAAGACGAAGCUGCAGAGAGCAAGAAACAUGAGUUGAAGCACUUCAACCAAAUCGCUUCAGAUGAAUCCUACGCGAAACUCAUUAAGCAAGUUUCAAGUACUUUGCCUCCAACUGAGGAAGGAUACAAACUUAAACGCGAUAAUUAAAAAGUCUAAAGUUCGUGUAAACUAGAGUUAUCUUAUUUUUCGUUUCUCACUUAAA